AUGGAAGACAGGAAAGAUAUUAUAAGUAAAACUUACUUUAAACUUAUUUACUAUUCUGAAUUAUAUUCCUCAAACUAUGAAGAUAGAAUAAAAAUUUAUAAUAAACUAUUGUCUGAAAAUACGGUGCUUACCCAAAAAGAAAAGGAAGUUUGUCAAGACAGGGCUUCAAGAAACACUGAAAGAGAGAAAGAACUAUUCAAAAGAGGCGAGCCAAUGAAAUGUAGUUAUUGCAAAUUAAAAAGAUAUUCAACUCGCUAUUGUGAAAAUUGCAUUAUAAAAUAUCUAAAAAGCUUCUUUGGAAGUUGGACAUCGGGAUGCGAUAUUAUUGAUAAAUUUAUUCGCGAAUGUCAAUCAAACUCAGGACUUCCUUUACACAUUAUGGAAUGGAUUCCAUUUGAUCAAUUUGACAAUAUAGAGCAUUUUGCGAAAGGUGGUUUCGCGACCAUAUACACUGCGACAUGGAAACGAGGAUCAAUAUUGGAUUUUAAAGAUAACGCUUUUGUUUAUCAAGGGUCUCAGAAAGUUGUGCUUAAAUCUUUAAAUAAUUCAAGCGAGUCUACAGAAAAAUUUUUUGAAGAGGCAAAAAAAUUUAUUCAAAUUAGAUCUGGUGAUAUAGUUAAUGCGUAUGGAAUAACUAAAAUUGAUUCUGACAAUUUUGCUAUAGUUAUGAAUUACUUUGCUGAUGGAAAUUUACGAGAUUAUUUAAAGAAAAAUCAUGCGACACUAAGUUUACAAGAUAGGCAACAAUUAGCGUCUGAAAUAGUUGUUAAUAACUUAAGACCACCAGAAUUGCCUGAGAUCCCAAGCAAAAUACAAAAUCUUAUUUAUAGAUGCUGGAAUGCUGAUCCUUCAAUGAGACCUACCAUUGAAGAAGUUUAUGAAGUCGUUAAAAAUAUAUAUUGUGAAAUCCUUGAAAACAGUGAAUUGGCUACUGAAUAUGAGAAAAAGCGAAACAAAGUUGCUUUUGACUCAACCCCUUCUAAUACAGACUCGCAACGAAUAAGUAGCAGAAUUAUUGACUUUGAAAUAAAAGAUCUGGCCUCUAAUAUUAACUGUUUUGAAUCAGAAAAUUCAG